ACGCUGCCCUGGUGAUUCGAGGCUGAUUUCCAGCGAGGGAGCGUCAGAGUGGAUGGCAAAAAAAGAGCGGAGCGGCGGCGGACGAAGUUUGUGGCGCUGAAAAAAAAAGAAGCAAUAGACAAAACGAGUGAGACUUUUUUUAUUUUAUUUUUUGGACGAGAUAGGGAGAGAGGGGAGCCAAGCAGAAGUUGCGCACGGUGGCACACUUUGAGCGGCGCAUUUGUUGUGACUUGACUCCAGAAGCGCACAAAAGAAGCCAACAACAAGAAGAGGACUAAUUCGCGAGCACGCUUUUGUAGUCUUCGCUUCUCUUCUUCUCGUUUUUAUUUUAUCCUCAAUCGUUAUUUUUUUGUUUUUUUUAAGAAGUUUCCCAUUUUGCCCCUGUGUGCAUAUCGCUCCCCUCCACCGGCGUGUGUGGCCUCUUUUUGUCGCCGAGAGAGCGAGGGGACGCGCGGGGGGCCGAGAGGAGCCGGAGCCGGGCUGUCCACAUGCUCCAACCGCUGGCGUGAAAGUUGACUUCUUCCCAACACAAGAGAACAGGUGCCAGUGAUGAUGGUGGAAUCAGCCUCUGAGACCAUUCGAACGACACCGUCCGGCCAGAACGGAGUCAGCAGCCUCAGCAGCCAAUCAGACGGCGGAGGAGGGAGAGAGGGCGGGUCUAACGGAGACGUAAAUGGGGAAAUCAGCCCGGUCGAUCUACUGCACCUGCAACAGCAACAGGCUCUUCAGGCAGCCAGACAGUUCCUCCUCCAGCAGGCCUCUGGACUCAACUCCCCCGGCAGCAACGAGGUCAAACAGAGCCCCGUGCAGGUCCCUGUAUCCAUGGCUAUGAUGAGCCCCCAGAUGAUCACUCCGCAGCAGAUGCAACAGAUCUUGUCGCCCCCUCAGCUCCAGGCCCUGCUGCAGCAACAGCAGGCGCUCAUGCUUCAGCAGCUACAGGAGUACUACAAGAAGCAGCAGGAGCAGUUGCAUCUGCAGCUCCUGACUCAGCAGCAACAGCAGCAGCAGCAACAACAACAACAGCAGCAGCAGCAACAGCAGGCCGGAAAGCAAGCAGCAAAAGAGCUCAGCAGCAAGCAGCUGGCCUUCCAGCAGCAGCUGAUCCAGAUGCAGCAGCUUCAGCAGCAGCACAUCCUUAACCUCCAGAGACAAGGCCUGGUUCCCCUGCAGCCCACCGCCGCCAUGCAGUCUCUGCAGCAAGCCAUGUGUCCGUCGGACCUCCAGCAGCUGUGGAAGGAGGUGUCGGGCGUGCCGAGCAACGACGAGGCCUUGAAGCAAGCCGAGGGCCUGGACUUGAGUACCAACAGCUCUAAUUCUACCUCAGCCUUCCCCAAAGCGGCCGGCGCUCACAUGCCACUGCACAGCCUGCCCAAUGGACAGAGCCACACCCCAAAGAGAGACAGAGCCAGACUGUUUGAGUGGAUAUCCUCCUUCACCAAGGCAGACAGUGGCGAUGACCAUGCCCCCCCAUACUCCAAAGGCAGCCAACCCCCCAUCAGCCACCACGAGGAGCAUGCCGGCUCCCAUCCUCUCUACGGCCAUGGAGAGUGUAAGUGGCCCGGCUGUGAAGCACUGUGUGAGGACAUGGGACAGUUCAUCAAGCACUUGAACAACGAGCACGCCCUGGAUGACCGCAGCACCGCUCAGUGCCGAGUCCAGAUGCAGGUGGUGCAGCAACUGGAGAUACAGCUGGCAAAAGAGAGCGAGCGACUCCAAGCCAUGAUGACCCACCUGCACAUGCGCCCAUCAGAGCCAAAGCCUUUUAACCAACCCUUGAACCUGGCUUCCAGCGGCUCUCUUCUAAAGCGUGACAAUGACGUCUACCCGGACGGUCUUCCUCACCCCCCCACCUCAGCAGCAACCCCCAUCACUCCACUGCGCCAGGGACCCUCGGUGAUCAGCUCCUCCAGCCUUCACACACACUCCCACGCGCACGGCGUCGGGCCCAUCCGCAGGCGCAACUCCGACAAAUACUGCACCCCCAUCGCCUCGGAGCUGGCUCAGAACUGUGAGUUCUACAAGAACGCCGAUGUCAGGCCUCCCUUCACUUACGCCUCUCUUAUACGUCAUGCCAUUCUGGAGUCACCCGACAGACAGUUGACUCUGAACGAGAUCUACAACUGGUUUACACGAAAGUUUGCCUACUUCAGGAGAAACACAGCCACGUGGAAGAAUGCUGUGCGCCACAACCUGAGUCUGCACAAAUGUUUUGUUCGUGUGGAGAACGUGAAAGGAGCCGUGUGGACCGUGGACGAAGUUGAAUACCAAAAGAGGAGACCACCAAAGAUGACCGGGCAAGUACACACGAGUCCCACUCUGGUGAAAAACAUGAUUUCAGGCCUGGGCUUUGGAUCCCUCAACGCCAGCUACCAGUGGGUGCAGGCGGCCCUGGCAGAGAGCAGCCUGGCUCUGCUCAACAGCCCUCCCCUGGUGACCCCUCCAUCUGCAGCCAGCCUCAACAUGCUGCACGUGGGCCAUGAUGAUGUCAGCUCCACAGUGGAGCAGGUCAACAGCAACGGCAGCUGCAGUCCCACCCUCAGCCCUCAGCAGUACAGCCACGCGGUGCACGUGAAGGAGGAGCCCACCGAGAUCGAGGAGGACUGUCGGCCCGUCUCCCUCCUGGCCGGCAUCACACACAUGCCCUUGCCGAGCGACGACCGGGACCUGGAGGACGACCUCCCCGCCGACGACCUGGAGUAAGACGGCUCCGCCGGACGGGAUCGAAGGGGCGUGGCUUAGUCAGAAGAAACGAUAGCAAGAAGAGAAAAAAAAGAAAACGAGAAUGUUUUUUAUUUUUAUUUGUCGUUCUGGGCAAGCAACCCGAGGAUGACAUUGAGAAACUCCAAACAGGGUUUGAAGACCUCCGUUACUUUAAGUCUGUGGAGCACUGCUUUAACUUCACAUCUCUUUCCACAAACACACACCUACACACACACACGUAUACACGCACACACUGGCGCACUCCUUCACUAGUGGAAGCCUCCUUCAGCUUCGUGGAGACCCCAAGAGCUCUUUUUCCUCCUCACUCAGGCGGCCCGGCGAGUCGCGCAGGCCCACAACUGUACAUGCGCGUGCGACCAUGUGUAUAUAUCCGUAGAUCCGGAGCAUUCGCCAAGGGAGGGAGGGGAGUGCAGUAUACCUCUCCAUCUACCAAACACACUUUGGAGUCAAUCUUUCAUCAGACCCAAACGUUUGGCUUUCAGGAUGGGAAGUGAGGAAAGAUGCUUUCAAAGAAGAAUACCUCGAACUGCGCCAACCCAACACAUCGUCUCGACAUUUGUGACCGGGAGGGGGCGUGGCCCCUCUUUGCUUGUGAGAUAUAAAAAAAAAUAAAGAGGAAUAAGAAAACAUUGUCCCAGCCACCCAAAAAGACUGCAAGAAAAGGAACAUCCAUUGCCGUCUCUUCUCCUUCGUUUGGGAUGUCGAGAUGAGUUUGGAACACUCAUAGAAGAAAAUAGCCGGGAAGUGUCUAUAGAAAUAUUGUGACUUAAAAAAAAAGGAACCUGUCAAUGACAUGGAAAAAAACAUGUGGUAGCUUUAUCAUUUCCUUUUUUUAUUGAUGUUAUUAGUUGUCUUUAUUUUUGAGGAGCAUUAUUCCCAUGGUGGUGUUUCUUUUUCCGUGUAUCUUUUCUGCCGAUGCUGGUUUAUUUUUGUAUUGAUUUUGUGUUCAAUUUGUUUUUCACACCAUUUCCAAAAUGUAUGGGGAAAAAAAAAAGAGAACCCACAGUAUUGUACCCCCCCCCCUCCCUUUCACUCCCAAGUGUAGCAGGCUAGAAAUUUGGAAAUAGCACUUAAAAGUUACCAUUAUCCAAACAAAUUAUUUAACAACAUUUUUUUUUAUUAUUAUUCUGCAUUCUGUCUCAUUCAUUUAUUUUUGGUUGUGUAUUUAGUUGAGAGAUAAUGCUUUAAGAAAAAAGAUCUAUAAAAAUAUAUAUUAAUGCAGUUAGAGAAUACCUCAUCCUACAAAGGUUCCAAUUUGAAAAAGAAACAAGGGGGGACUUCUUUGCGCGGGAAACCAAAACGUGGCUCCAUUCAAAGUUCUGUGCUGGUGAUUCGUUACAGUGUCGACGCUGAUUCAAUGUGUGAGGAUGUGUUAAAGGAAUAUCACGUGAGAUGUUUUCUCUUUUUUUUUGUAUUUGCAGGAUUGCUUUCUCCAUAGUGCCAUACCAAAUUUAACAUUUGUCAUUUUUCAAAUCUAUUACCUGCUUCUUACUCCCGUCUUAUUUUUGUUACAGGUAACCAAAGAAAUGUUUAGAAAACCAAAAACCCUGUAGUUUGUUUUACCCCCCUUCCUUUUUUUUAAUUAUUAUUAUUUCAGCCUCCUUUUUAUUCUUAAAAAAAAAAACUGGCCAAAAGACAACGAACCAGUUGUUUGAGCAUUUUCUUUUUUUGUUUUUUUGUUUGAUGUAUUGUUUGACGGUUGAACAGGAUUUACAGUGCUUACCAUUCCCGCAAACCAAAGUAUGAGACUACAAAUUUGAAGUAAAAGCUUUUUUUUCCAGUUCCAAACUGCUCCUAUUAGGUAUGAGGCCAAAUAUACAAAGGAGUAUUAAAGCCACACCAAAAAGAAAAAAAUACCAGGGGGAAAAAAAAAAAAUUGUUUUGUGUAUAAUUUUAAGAAUUGAACAUUAGUUAAUAAUUGUUAAAUUACUUCUGCUUCACAACAGAACAAAAAUGACUUCCAAAAAAAAAAAAAGACUUAAACAUUUCACAGUAAACUUUGUCUUGACAUCCUGAUGAUGUGACAAUUCAUUCGCGUCAACAUUCUAAACGUUUUCCUCUUAACAUUCUCCUAUUUUUUUUUCCUUAAUUUUAGUGUGGCCUUAAUACUCCUCGGUACAAAUACAUAAGUAUUAACAUGCACAGUUCCUCUUACUAAGGCAAAAAAAAAAAAAAAAAAGCACUUAGAGGUGACAGCAUGACUCUGCCAUGCUCAGGCUAACGUGUGUUCCAAACACAAUGCGCAGGACUAAGUCAUUCCAAAAAUGUGUAGCGAGGAAUCUUUCCAUUAAGAGGGAACCAAUAACACUAAAACGAUUCCAACAUAAGAGGACAACAACCAAGGGACGUCAUCUUUAAAAAAAAAAAAAAUCACAUUUUCAUUCUUAACUUUUGCACUUGACACCAUUUUCUUAUUUAAUUGAAGAAGCAACUUAUUUCUUACAAAAAAAAAGACAGACCAAAAAGAACACUACCUCCUUUUGGAACUCUCGUCUAUACCCCCCCCCCCCCUUCCCCUGACAUUAUUCCUCACUAAUAACAACAUGUGGACUCCCCUGUCACAUACGUGUGCUUCAGCCCAAAAACAAACAAGACGGACUGUAAAGACUACCUCGCCUUAGCUGCGACCUGAAGCGCUCUCUGCAGCUCCUACGUGUCACUGGCAUGAUGGAGAACCCCCUGAUUGGGCCAAUGUACUGUUGCAGGGAAACUGUUAUCAGAUGUGAUGAUAGGCAGAAUUUAACAUACACACACACACAUACACACACAUGGGUGGCACAGAAGCAGGGCUACAUGGGUUUGUGCAAACAGCGGCUCUGACCAAAUAUCCAAAGACCCCCCCACCAAAAAAAAAAAAAAAAAGCAGUAACCACUCCACAAGAGGACACACACUCACAAAUACACACGCAUCAUGGCUCCUUCAGUCCAAACAAGAGGAACUGCUGCAUUCAGUGGAAUAUGUAGAUGAUCUUGUGCUUUAAGGUACACCUGUAAACAAGGCGCUUUUAUAAAGAUUGUUGACAGGUCACCGCGUAACAUUUCUUGGCAUAACACAAUGUAUUCUUGUAUAUUAAUGAUUGACUUAUCUCUCCGGGGCAUUCUUUCCUUUCGUUUGCGCUUGUUCAUUUUCGGUGUGUGUUUCCUGCACCUGUUUAGCUAUUGUAAAGCUCGCAGCUCUGGUUCCUAUACUGUACUGCUAAUGCUGAACUAUAUGUAUUUAUCAUAUUAAGUACUGCAGGUAUCUUGGUUUUGAUAGUUUUCUUUUUGUUUCCAUGUUUUCAGAUCUUCAUAAAAACGUCUGGGACGAUGAUUUAGUUUUUUUUAAGUGUAUUAUCGCGAAAAAAAAAGGUUAAAAGAGUAAAAGUUAGAGCAGUGGUUUUAGGUAAGAUCUGUUUGUAUAUUUAUCUUAGCUAGGUCUAUUUUGAUACUUUUUUGUCUCUGUACUGCAUUUAUGCGUUUUUAAGGAAAAAAAACACAAAUGGAUGAACUAAAAAAUUUACGUUAUGAUGUAUUGAUACCUCAGAAGGACUUCUUUUUUUUUUUUUUUUCUUCUCAAUGACAGGACCAAAACUUUUGAAAAGAAAAUGAGUGUAAGAAUAUUUAGCCUCUCUCCUGCUUUACACAAAUGUGGACUGUCCGUUGGUCCUUUCAGGUGCCAAUAUUGUGUCCCUCUGACCCCUGACCCUUGUCAUUCCUUAGCUGACCUCUGGCCUGCAGGGCUGUCAAUCAUUCGCGGGCGGGAGGGGGGGGGUGCCAAGUCACACACUUCCUCUUUUAAUCCCGCAAAGGGUUAGGGUUGCUUGCAUUGUUGAUGCUCAUCCUCCUUUUUUUUUUUUUUUUUCUUUUUUUAUAUAUUUGGCGUGGUCACGGUACCAUAAUGUAGACCGGCGCUCCGAGAUGCAGCUCUCCGUCUGACUACCAAAGUCCAAAACUCCUGAACUGUAACCAAACUGAUACCUUAACCAAACCGAAAGCGAGCUACUUCCAAAAGUCUCUAUCGACGUCACAGAUCACCUUCACUGAUAGCUGUUCUCUCUCUCUCUCGUACGUGUGUGAUGUCGGCCUCGGUGGCUUAAGCGGAGCCCCAAUUUGUCACGUGUGAUUGGACGCUUCUCAGUCUUUUAAAAGGAGGGGGGGUGGGAUUGGGUUGGGUGAGGUGGACUGUCCAAGUGGAGUAUACUAAACAAGUCCGAAUGACCACUUCAGCUCUCCUCUGGUUAAACCUUAGGAAUGUGUGUACAUUUUCAGCAGUGACUCUUCAGUGUGUUGUGAUUUAAUUUCACUUUAUUGCUUUGCUUAAUUUUGUUGCUAUUUUUUUUUUUUUUUUUGCAAGUGUCACCAGACUUAGAGGCGGGGGCUGGGUGCAGGUGGCUUUAAGACAUAGUGAAGCCUCCAUGCCGGGUAGCCAUGUCGAUGCCAGUCACUGCCCUUUCUUUCAUGCUGUAUAAAACACACACACACACACACACACACAUGCAUAUAUCUGUGUAUUUGUAACCUGAAUCUUCUUGUGUCUGUCCAUGCAGACAAUAAAAAACUGUACAGUAGGUCUAGUUGCAUGUAAUCUGUACUAAUUAUUGACAAUGGCAUUAUAAAAUGCAAUAAAAUACUUAUUACACUGUC